GUUAGGUGGCGCUGUUUCAAUUCAAAGCCCGUUUCACGAACGCCAUUAAUGCCAGAAGAAGACGCUUUACUUUACGGUCGUGUUUUCUGUCGUAAAACGCGGAGCUAAAGAAGGUUACAGCAGUUCGAAGAAAGCAACAAAAUCCGGGGUUUCAUCUCCAGCAUCAUGCCGUUUUUGGACCUUCAGUCGCGUCUCGGCAUCGACGUGGACCGUUGGCUCGUGCUCCAGACCGGGCGUACGCCGUACAAGAACGCAGCGCGCUGCCACGCCUUCGAGAAGGAGUGGGUCGAAUGCGCUCAUGGCAUCGGGCAGACGCGUGCCAAGGAGGAGUGCAAGCUGGAGUUUGAGGAUUUCUACGAGUGCAUACACCGGCACAAGACUAUGAAGCGGCUGGAGGCCAUCCGUCUGCAGCGCGACAAGAUGGUGAAGGAGGGGACGUACACGCUGCCCCCCCACCACACGGGGAAGACCCCAGAGUCUCCAUGAUGGAGCUGCGUCAGAUCUCCUGUACAGCCAAUCAGAGCCCACCGUUUCCUCCUGCAAAUAAAUCAUAUUUACUGACCUCA